AACAACAGCGGCUCACAGCCAAAGAUGGCCGCUGCGACCGUAGCGGGGCCCGACGCCCACAGGAUGGAGGAAAAGAAGUUCGAAUACUUCUCCUCCAUCAACUCCAUGGCGAAGAAGAUAAUGCAGGAGCGGGAGAAAAUCAAAGCCCAGCACGGCUCUUCCUGGGACAAGAUGACGCCGCAAGAGCAGGACAGCGCCAUCGACAACGGGAUGAUGGAUCCCCACAUCCGAGCCCGAUACGCUAUGCACAGGGUGGACCGUGAGGAAGUGGUCUGUUACCCGAAACUGCUCAUCCAGACCGGCCAGAAGAUCGUUCACUUCGGGGAAGAGGACAUCACCUGGCAGGAUGAGCACUCCGCCCCCUUCUCAUGGGAAACAAAGAGCCAGCUGGACUUCAGCUUGACAUCGGGCUCAGCAGACCAGGGGAUCUCGACCUCGCAGGCGGACUCAAAGGCUGUAAAGGUUCCUCAUUCCAGUCAGAUCGGCAAGAGCACGCCAGGAGCCAAGGUGUCUGUCAGCGAGGGCCGGAGGCCGGAGGAAGAGUCGUCCUUCUGGAAGAUCAGCGCUGAGAGGUCCCGGCUGGAGGGAGAACAGGCCGACUUCCAGUCUCUGACCCCCAGCCAGAUCAAAUCCCUGGAGAAAGGAGAGAAAUCCCUCCCCUCCUACCUGCGACAGGAGACGUCUGUCACCCCCAAGGAGCCAGAGGCAGCAGACCCCCACCCUCCAGCUCCCACCAGGUCCACCAAGCAGCGAGCGCCCAAACCUCCUGCCCCACACCCCCCUGCCCCCGCCGCUGUCAGUGCAACACCAGCAUCCCUCUCCAUUUCCCCCAACCCGGCCCCACCUGUCAGCGUGUCCUCCUCGGUUGCAGGCUGGGAGCGCUCUCAGAGCACCCUGCCGUCAGUCAGCAACACCCUGGACGAAGUGUUCUCCUCCAGCAUGAUGUCCAAGCCCUCCAACCACCCCAGCAGCGUGGAGAAGGACAAGGGGGACGACGGGUCACCCACUAGCCCCACCUUUGCCCAGUUCAACACAAGCAGCAGCAUCCUGAAGACUGGAUUCGACUUCUUAGACAACUGGUAAAGCAGAGCAGAGAGCAGCCGCCAUCGUCAUCAUCACUAAAGAAGGACCACACUGCCGUGACAACAGACAUCCACGUCCACGCUUCACAAACACCCGUCUGUAAAAUGACCACAUCAUGUUCUUGUAAUUACCUUCAGUGGCUUGUUAAAUCAUAAUCUCACCGCCUGCGUGCUGGCGUGCCCCCCACUAGAAAAGCUCCCUCUCCUCUGUGACUUGGGCCAAAUCUCUUUAAUGUCUUGCCAAACCCCCCCCCCGCCGCCGCCCACUAAAUGCAGCGCUAACGUGGACUCGGCCUCAGACUGUGUGCGCUCUCUGUCACUGCGCGUUCACGCUGCCAUCAGCUCGGUUCAGAGGUUACACAGUCCUGACCCCGACCGAUGAUCACAUUUCCACUCGGGGGUACAACAGACGGCUGCGUAUCAAACAUCCCAAAAGCUAAAUCCACAUGCAACCCUGAAACGUGGCUCACUGAUCAGAAUCCAGCCGCAGUUCAAAUGUUCUGUAGUUGUUAGCUAGCUGAGCUGCUAAACUGCUGUGUGAAGCAGUUUAUCAUUAGCUUCAGCUGCAUUAACUCCACCCUCUGAGGGGGGAAAGAGCCUGAUUAACAGUCUGCAGACACCACAGCGGAUGGUGUAAAUGAAAGUGAAAUACAUCACACCUGGAUGUUCAGGGUACGAGACAUUUACAGGUGUGAAUGGUGCAUAUUGUUCUGGCUGCUUUGGUGUUGUUUUUCAUCAUGGUACAAUGUUUUAAAUUAACGCUACAUUAAUGUAAAAUGGCAAAAAGCAGGAAACACCAAAUAAAAAGGCUUCUUAGCUAACCGUGAUCCCGAGCUGUGGCUGUAGCAGCUCCCCCAGGACAGUUGUCUUAUCCUGUUUAGAAAGACGUUUCAUUGCUAGUUAAAAUGUGUUAAACCAUUUUACACUUGUUGUAAAGAGUUAUGGUAAAACGCCUUCGAGCUGCCAGAAGGAGUGUUGAACUUCAGAGGUUUUUAUUGGACGAUCCCAAUAAGAAGUUUAGUUGUGGCCACUUUUUCUCAAACUCGAUUAUAAAUCAGCCAAAUAUCCCCGGACACUAACCUGUUAGUCACAGCUGGACACUAACCUGUUAGUCACAGCUGGACACUAACCUGUUAUUCACAGCUGGACACUAACCUGUUAGUCACAGCUGGACACUAACCCGUUGGUCACAGCUGGGUUGGGUCACAGCUGGACACUAACCUGUUCAUCACAGCUGGAGACUAACCUGUUGGACACUAACCUGUUGGACACUAACCUGUUGGACACUAACCCGUUGGUCAACCCGUCGGUCAGGUUGCUUGCAGUGUGAACGCUCAGUGUCGGUGCGACUUGGCUGCCUUCAUAUGUGAGUUUCAGACAUUAAUCUAGCAAACGAGGAAAUCUUUUGUACACAUGUCAAACUGUCGCCCCCCCUUUUUUUCUCCAGCGUGCUUUUAUUUAUUCUCGCCUGUAUAUUUCCAUGACUGUAGGAGAGCUCAGUACUGCGGUCCUGCCCCACAGUGCAGUUACUACAGAGUAUAUUGUGGACCCAGUACUUCACAGGGAUGUGACAGAAUGUAUUUCACACGCUCACACGCUCAUUGACGGGGGCGGCUGUUCUCCUCUCUGGAGACCAGCAGGGGAGGACAGCCGCGGAGGCGCUCGUGGACUGUAGGUCCGGGCUGCCGUGUGACCCGUUACAGAUUUCGCUUCUUGCCAACACUUCCUCCCCCCUCCAAAGUGUCACCUUUGACCUCAAACUAGUGCUGAGCAAAGCUAGUGUGCAUUUCUGAUGAAGAACACUCAAACGUUGUGUUUUAGGUCAACAGGCAGGCGUGUAGUGAUUUGUACCACUUGUGUCAUAGAUUUAAAAUGCAGUUUACAUGACUAGAGUACUAUUUUACUGAAUUUUAUAUUUAUCUGCUGAUUGUAUCUUAUGCUAUACACGUUUAUUGCACUCAUGCAUUUUGAGCUCACAGAUUGAAGGUAAAUAAAUAAAAGUCAAACCUG